UGACAUUAUUCGUUGAGAGACCGCGACAACAACAAACACGCAAACAGUCAACAGCACACAACAACGACGACUGCUGCUUCGACCUGUCACAGCCCACACACGAGUGGAGUGGGAGUGAAAGGGCCGAGCGCUGGGUGGCUGGGUGGCUGGUUGGUUGAGCCAUUACUUGUAACUGGUUGUGCGCCACUAUUUGGUUGAGCGAACACAAGGAACAAACACGGCACAAUGGCGACCAACGAUCUGGACAGGCAAAUCGCCAAGCUCGAGAAGCGGGAGCUGAUCACAGAGGACGAGGUCAAGUCGUUGUGCGAGCGAGCAAAGGCGCUACUGCAGGAUGAAGGCAACGUGUGCUACGUCAGCGCACCUGUCACGAUCUGCGGGGACAUCCACGGCCAACACUUUGACCUGAUGGAACUCUUUGAGGUUGGCGGGCGAGCGCCAUUUCAGAACUACUUGUUCCUUGGUGACUUUGUGGAUCGUGGCUACUACAGUGUCGAGACAUUCCUCCUCCUUUUGGCCCUCAAGGUGCGGUACCCAAACAGGGUGACGCUGCUGCGCGGCAACCACGAGAGCAGGUCCAUCACACAGGUGUACGGUUUCUACGACGAGUGCAUCCGAAAGUAUGGCUCGCUUGUUGUAUGGCACGCCUGCACAGAGGUCUUUGACCUCCUCUGCCUCGCUGCGAUGGUCGACAACUCGAUCUUCUGCGUGCACGGCGGGCUAUCGCCGACGGUGGUGUCGCUGGACGGCAUCAAGGGGCUGGACAGGAAGGUGGAGGUGCCGCAGGAGGGGCCAAUGUGCGACCUCCUCUGGUCCGACCCAGAAGAGAUUGAAGGGUGGUCGCAGUCACCGCGUGGUGCGGGCUAUCUCUUUGGAAAGGAUGUUGUCAAGCAGUUUUGCGAGGAGAACAGCGUGUCGAUGGUGUGCCGUGCGCACCAGCUCGUGAUGGAGGGCUUCAAGUGGAACUUUGACAAUCUCCUCUGCACCGUCUGGUCCGCUCCAAACUACUGUUACAGGUGCGGAAACGUCGCGGCGAUGAUGCAAGUUGACGAGAACUUGGAUCCUUCGUUCCUCAUCUUCAACGCAGCGCCAUCGGAGUUGAGGGAAGAUCCGCAGCCGAACAACGUCGACUACUUUCUCUAAUGUGUUCGAUUGAUUACGCAGGAGAAGGAGAGAUAUAGCGUGCGUGGUGAGGCGUGUGUAAGACGUGUGUAAGACGUGUGUAAGACG